ACUACUCGUCCUGAGUUGGCCAAGAGGGGUAUCUUAGCCUUCUCUCUGAAUUGUUGAAUUACUAGCUAAUGCUAGCGCCGUGUUUUUGCUUUACCUGCCUAGCAUAUUUAGACGAACAAUCUCCUCGUUUUAAGACAAUGUUGUAAAUAUUUAUUUACAUUGAAUUAGUCAGCAGGGAACGUAAAAUAUUAUGCAGUUCCAGAUAUAUGGAAAACAAUAACAGUCCAACAACAAGCUGGACUGGCUAACUACCAGGUUAGCAUGAACGCUAACGUUAGUUAGCUACGCCUACGAUGAAUAAUUUCAACAGUCGGACUGGUAAAAAAAGCCCAGAGAAUGUGUGGCUAGACGCUGCAGACUCACUGACCAGCCUGAGUGGGAGGAAGUACCCUGAGCACCAUGGCGACGCGGAACAGGAACUCCGUGCAGAUCCUGUUGGGACGGGAGAGAGGUGCCACGGUGUUGGGCUCGCAACGCUUUCUGCAGCAGUUGGUGGAAGAGAGGACUCGAUGGAUGAAAUGGCAAAGCCAGAAGGUGGAGUUGCCGGACAGUCCUCGCUCAACAUUCCUACUGGCCUUUAGUCCAGACAGGAAACUGAUGGCCUCCACUCACGUGAACCACAACAUUUACAUCACGGAGGUGCAGACUGGGAAGUGUCUGCAUUCUUUGGUCGGCCAUCGUAGGACGCCCUGGUGCGUGACCUUUCACCCCACCAUCCCAGGCCUAGUGGCCUCUGGCUGCCUCGAUGGAGAGGUCCGCAUCUGGGACCUACAUGGUGGGAGCGAGAGCUGGUUCACAGAGAACGAUGUGGCCAUCGCCUCCCUGGCGUUCCACCCCACCGCUCAGCUCCUGCUCAUCGCCACCAACAACGAGAUCCACUUCUGGGACUGGAGCCGGCCAGAGCCAUUUGCUGUGGUCAAAACGGCCAGCGAGAUGGAGAGAGUCAGACUGGUGAGAUUUGAUCCUCUCGGCCACAACCUUUUGACUGCUAUAGUGAACCCAUCCAGUCAACAGAAUGAAGAGGAUUCGGAGGCGUCGAUGGACGGCCUGGAGAUGCCGUUGCCACGUCAGCGCUCUGUGCGCUCGCCCCCCGUGCGUCGCACGCCCAUUCUGCACAACUUCCUGCAUAUGCUGUCGCCCCGCUCCCAAGUGCCCCUGCCCUCAGAUAUGCCCCGCAGGGGCUCCGAGGGGCGCGACCUGCCCUCUAUGCCCCUGUUCCAGUACCCCUCCCGGGCGCCCCCCGGUGCCCCUGCCCCCACUCCAGGCUGCACGCGCCACCUAGACUCCGUGUGCUACUGCGGACGCUGCACCUCUGGCGCCCCCUACCUGUCGGUUACGGGCCAGAACCCUCAGACCCAGACUCAGCCCGCGCCCCCCCAGCCCGUCCCCUUCAGCUUCACGCCACGCUUCUCCAUCGAGCCGCAGCCCUCGCCCGCCCCCGGGGCCCCCGAGAGGCCCUCGGCCUUCAGCAGCGUGCACAGCAGCGCAGAGGGGCCCUUCGUCGCGCACGCGGCCGCGGGGUCCGAGCCCUGGGGGCGGGAGGCGGAGGGCGUUUUCCCCCCGAGGACCAGCGCGUCGUCCUCGUCCCCGUCGCCGGUGCCGGGCCUGCGUCCGGCGGAGGCCUCGUCCUCGUCCAGCGCGCCCAUCUACACGUCGGCCAGCGAGGGUCGCGGACCGCCGGCAGCCUCGGGCGCGGAGGCGGCCGCCUCGCUCAGGCCCGGCCACGGCACCAGCAGCGGGCACCACCCCUUCUACGACGGUGGCGCGCGCAGCCAGAGCCCCGCCUCCAUCCGCAACGUGCUGCAGUGCAACCUGAGCCGCUACUUCAUGGAGUACGAGCGCAUGCAGGACGGCGAGCGCCUGGCCCGGGGGGGCGGCCUGGCUGCGGCCGGUAACCGAGAGGCCAUGCAGCAGCUGCUUAGCAACAAUAACCAUGGCGGCGAGGGCGCGGGCACCAGCGGCGAGGCGGAGAGACCCGGCCCGUCCCACUACCAGCCCCCCGGCCCCACCCCCACCCCCGCCCCCCACGCCCACGCCAGCCUGAACCGCUGCCGCUCCUGCCACAACCUGCUGACCUAUAACCACGACACGCAGCGCUGGGAGCGCUCCGGCCCCUCGUCCUCGUCCACGCAGGACUCCGUGGCCUCCGCGUCCCCCGGCCCCUCCUCCUCCUCGUCCGCCUGGCCGCUCUCGCUCUCGGCGCCGGGAGGCUCGCAGGAUGCCCCUCCCCCUGAAGGGGCGGCGUUGCAGCCUGGCGAGCCGACCUUUGACCCCCAGCAGCCGGCGGAGGUGCGUCACGUGGUGCCGCGGGAGGCUCCGCUGGGCCUGCAGUGUCUGGUGUACAGCCAGGACCGUCGGCAACGCGAACGCGAGCGGGAACGUGCCCGACCCCCCCUGCCCCCCCCACUGCUGUCCCGCAGGCCUGUGGAGCCCGCUGCCCAGGACGCCUUAAACCAGGAAGUGCCUGUGGAGCCGCCCGACGAGGACUCUUUACGCAGGCGGCUGCUGGAGUCCUCCAUCAUCUCUCUGUCCCGCUACGACAUGACAGGAUCUCGGGAUCACCCCAUCUACCCCGACCCUGCCAGGUUGUCUCCGGCUGCCUACUACGCUCAGCGGAUGAUCCAGUACCUCUCUCGGCGGGACAGCAUCCGCCAGCGCUCUCUGCAGAACCGCCUUCGCACGCUCUCGUCAUCGUCGGACAGCCAGGUCCCCAGCCCUACCGCUGCCAUGGAGACGGCCGACGUGGACUACGAGGAGCUGGAGGACCCUGGGGACAGGACAAGGCACAGAAUGCCUCGGAACACCCGAAUGUCUGCGCCAUCUCUCGGCCGCUUUGUUCCACGGAGAUUUCUCUUCCCGGAGUACCUGCCUUAUGGGAUCUUCCACGAGCGCAGCCAGGGGGGCGUGGCCACACACUCCUCCAUCAACCGCGUGCUGGCAGGUGGGGCUCGGGCAGGGUGGGGGGCAUCCAUCGGGGACGGACAGUCUGCUGUGGCCAGCAACAUCGCCAGCACCACUUACCGGCUGCAGUGGUGGGACUUCACCAAGUUUGACCUACCUGAAAUCAGCAAUGGCUCGGUGAAUGUGCUGGUUCCACAGUGUAAGAUCUAUAAUGAUGCGAGCUGUGACAUCUCUGCGGACGGGCAGUUGCUGGCGGUCUUCAUUCCCAGCAGCCAGCGAGACUUCCCCGACGAGGGCAUCCUGGCCGUCUACUCGCUCGCCCCACACAACCUCGGGGAGCGCCUCUACACCAAGCGCUUUGGUCCCAACGCCAUCUCCGUCAGCCUGUCUCCCAUGGGCUGCUACGUCAUGGUGGGCCUGGCCUCCCGCAGGAUCCUGCUGCACCCAGCCACUGACCACAUGGUGGCGCAAGUGUUCCGCCUACAGCAGCCUCACGGAGGGGAGGCCUCCAUCAGGAUGGCGUUUAACGUGGUCUAUCCCAUGGGGCCCGACCAGAGGCGGCACGUCAGCAUCAAUUCAGCUCGAUGGCUUCCAGAGCCAGGAAUGGGCCUCGCCUACGGGACCAACAAGGGAGAUCUGGUCAUCUGCCGACCUGUGGACUACCGCAGUGAUGGAGAGGGUCCAACAGAGCAGGUUUCAGAGUCUUCUGCCUUUUCCCUCAACAACAGCCCCGGCACUAGCAGAGGCAGAGCUGCCGACAGGCCAGGGUCGAGCAGGGCCAUACUGCGGCUGGACAGGGACAUGGGUCUAAUGGACGCCAUUGGCCUGCAGCCUCGUCACCCAGCAACCACCGCGACCUCUGUUAACUCUCAGGGCACGCAAACGCCGACACCCUCGCUGCAGAACGCCCAGACCCAGACGGACCGUGACCCCCAGCAGCCAGGAACCUCCCAGGCCAGCCACAACCAAGCAGUCCAGGCCAGCCACAGCCAAGCAGUUCAGGUGGAGAGUGUGGAGAUUCAGACCCAGAGUGGCUCACAGCCCGACGCCAGCACUGACGUAACCACGGAGGUGACCUCUGACCCUCCAGCACAGGAACCAGCUUCACAGGACACCUCUGCACAGACCAGUGGUCCCACCACUAACCAUGGUCCAGACGGCUCCGCAGAGACGAGUGCGGGAGGAGGAGCCCCCGACGGUGUCGGGUCAGUGGUGGAGCCGGCCGGGGGCGUGGCCGGAGGGGAGGACGCGCUGGCGCGGCUGCGGAGGCUGAUGGCGGAGGGCGGCAUGACGGCCGUUGUGCAGCGUGAGCAGAGCACCACGAUGGCCUCCAUGGGCGGCUUCGGCAACGACAUCAUCGUCAGCCACCGCAUCCACCGCGGCUCGCAGACCGGCGCCUCCACCUCCGCACACCUGCUCCUGCAGCCCCGCCACCAACGCCCAGCGCACCCACCGCACGCUGCCCCGCUGCGCAGCGCCAGCCCCCAGCACGCCGGCCCGCUGUCUCCGCUGGGGCGCCGCAGGAGGCUGGAGCCUGUGGACAUGGAGGACGUGUUUGAGGAGAGGAGCGCAGACGCCCCACCGCCCCACCGCCUGUUCAGCUCCAACAACAACAACAACAACAAUGGAGGCAGCGGCAGCGGCGGCCCGGGAGACCAGUACAGCAGAUAGUGCCCCCCAGCCCACAUCACAGCGCCCUCAGUGGGGAGGAGGUGUUACAGCAGAUAGGGCCCUCCAGCCCCCCAGCCCACAUCACAGCGCCCCCAGUGGGGAGGAGGUGGUGGCACGGCUGGCCUUGGCACCCUGAGCGUCCCAUGCCCCCCCUGAUUUACCCCCGACUCCACAACCAAUCAGUCUGCCCCCCCAUGCUGCACCUUCAGGGCGGGACUGGGGCGCCCCCUGGGUCCUGCAGACAGCAGAGGCAUUCCAGAGAGAGAAAGGGCUUUACUUGAAGACAUCUCACUCUCUUUCUGUCUGGCUCUGUCUCUCUUUCUCUUUCCUUCUCUCUCUCUCUCUCACGCUGAGCAAGUGUCUGUUAUGCUCUUGAGGAACUCUGAGGUCCCUUGGCGCCUCUGGAGUUCUCUUCAUCUCCGAUCAGCACUGGUGCCAUUUUGAUUUUAACGGCUUGUGCCCGGAUGCCCCUGGCUCGUCUGAGCUGGGAGCCUGUGUGUGUUUUUAAGUUUUGAGGACAUGGUUACCCCUCCUGGAUGGAGAGUGAGUUCUGCCUGGUUUGUCUUCUGUCUUGGUGUUUCCUUGCAAGUGUGUUUUAAACUGAUAAGACAGAAUGCAUAAAAUAUGAACGAAAAUGUCGGAAAACGGAUGAGUGUUGUCAACUGAUGCAACCUAUCCUCUGCUGUGCUACAGGGGCUGUGUGUGUGUGUGUGUGUGUGUGUGUGUGUGUGUGUGUGGACUGCAGUGGAAGCGCUGACUAAUUUGACGCAAACAUGAAUAUUGUAAAGUAAGAUAAGCUGGACUCUGAGGAGGCACAAUAACACACACUCACACACACCGCCCGGAGUGUCCCACUCAAAGCACCUCCAGUGGUCAGUACAGUUUGGGAUUCCCUUGAAGAAAACUGAGAAUCAUGCAAUGGGAGACACACACACACACACACACACACACACACACACACACACACACACACACACACACACAUACA